UCCCGCUAAAAUUCGACGUUUGACUUGAUCUCUGAAACAACAAUUUAUGAAUGUAUUAAUUUUAGAAUCCAUCAAUCUGCAAGAGUGUCAACAUGAACCGUCCAUUAAUCAGGAGUGUAAAGAUGAGAUAGACAUAGAAGAGCAUGAGUUACCAGGUAAUGAUGUUAAAUAUAUUAUACAACUGUUGUUGCCUCACACACCUACUUUGUGGAAUCAUCUGCCGGUGAGGAUCUGAUCCAACUUGUAUUUUAAGGUUAGCAUAACAGGUAUGUUAAAAUAUAUUUGUACUUCAGUUAUUUUUAUAGUGUUAAAAUUUUCAGAUUGCACUGAAGUAUCGCAUUUGGAUAAACAGUCAAACAAUAUAUUAUCAGUCAAGGAGCUAUGUAGUAAAGAACUAAGAGUGCGCUUGGUCGGAUUGGAGGACGUAAAUGAUCAUUGUGAUGGUAAUAUAUAAAUAUAUUACAUAAUAUAUAUAGAGUGGUAGAGUAGUUGGUGGUAGACUACCAAGUUCUUCUGAUAACGUGUUCACGUAUUAAGACCUCAAAUCACCAAUUCUCCUUUUUCUCGGAGUAGGCAAAUGGUUAUAUCUUUUAAUAGCUAGCCAGUGGCUUGUCUGUAUCCUAAUCUAUCAGAGAGCAUCGCUGCCAUCCAGAUGCAGGUGAUGUUGAAAAAUCGACGGAAUUUCGUUUGUUAAUUGAAAUGAUCGCGCCUUCCAUCGGGAACUCGUGCGUUCUGGUCGCUCGCCAAGGCUGUCCAAGGAAACUUCUGCCAGCCAGCCAUUCCGCCACUGCACAGGGAUGAUGAUUCGCUGACCCAUGACGCGAAAGAGAAAGCUGAUCUCCUGGGCUCCCUCUUUGCGUCCAACUCGACUCUGGAUGACCAAGGUGCACCACCACCGCAUAUUCCGCGGUUCGAGUCAUACAUGCCGGAGGUAAAAAUCCGGCAUAGCUCCGUGCUUAAGGCGCUUCUCACCUUGGACAUUCACAAAUCGAGCGGGCCCGAUGGCAUUCCCCCGAUAGUGCUGCGGACAUGUGCUCCGGAACUGGCGCCGGUCCUUAUCCGUCUUUUCCGGCUCUCCUACUCAUCAGGCGUAGUCCCGAAAUUAUGGAGGGCGGCUUUAGUGCACCCGAUCUCUAAGAAAGGUGUACACUCAGAUCCGUCCAACUGCCGCCCCAUUGCCGUUACCUCCAUUUUCUCCAAAGUAAUGGAUUUGAUCAUCAACCGCCAGCUCUUGGGAUACCUAGAGGGCCACCAGCUGAUCAGCGACUGCCAGUACGGUUUCCGUCAGGGUCGCUCAGCUGGUGAUCUUCUUGCAUACCUCACCAAUAAAUGGGCUCAAGCGGUUGAGUCGAAGGGAGAAGCGUUGGCGGUGAGUUUGGACUUAGCGAAGGCCUUCGAUCGGGUGUGGCAUAAAGCGCUUAUAGCGAAACUGCCAUCCAAUGGGCUUCCCGAAAAGGUGUGCAAAUGGGUCACUAGCUUUUUGGCCCAUCGGAGCAUCAAGGUUGUUAUCGACGGUGCAUGCUCCGACUUAAAACCCAUAAACGCUGGAGUCCCGCAAGGCUGACAACAACCCCAAGAAGACACAAGUUUGUGCGUUCGCCACUAAAAAGUGCCUUUGUCGUAUCCCCUCGAAUCGAGAUCACUCCUCUAACUGAACUUCUUGAAACACCUAUUGUUGCGGAUGUCCAUGGGCGGGGUUUCCCUACCUCUCCCCAUCCCGUGAGCCUCUUGCCCGUUUGCCUCUCUCAUAUAAAAAAAACGUAAAACUUAUAGCAACCCUUAGCAACAAAUCUUUUUUCGUAAGAGUUUAAUAAAUUACUUAACUGCUGCUCCACUGAUGUCACUGUCCAAAUCGGGUUCUAAGUUCAAUUUUUAUUUAUGGUUUUUCCACGGUUUCCCUUGAGUAUUUUUCUCUCCCUAUAUGGGUGUGAUUCUUGAUUAAAAACGUAAAAAACCUCCGACUAAACAUAUAUUGAUCAGAAAUCAGUCAUUGACUUCAGGUCUUUAGUUCAUACACUUAUGUUUUCACUACCUUAUGUUUUAAAACGUGUUGUAAUACAAAUUAAUUAUGAAAAAUUUAUAAACGGAUAAAUAUGAGAUACUUAAUUAUUUAUUCAAGGUCCACCAACACAAUACACAUGUCAAUUCAUAAAAUUAUAAUUUACACAAAGUCCAAAGUUGUAAUCCUGCAAUUAUAGGUUAAUAAUAUAAAUAUAAAUGUGAAUGUAAGUUUGUUUGUUGCACUUUCACGUCUAACCCACUGAACCGAUUUUGAUGAAAUUUAGUACAGAGAUAGACGAGAGCUAGGGAAAGGACACAUUUUUAUUGCUUGGCGGGGUUGAAAUAGGGCUUGAAGUUUGUAUGAAAGUUCGUCAAUAUCAAAGAUAGCAGCAAUAUGAAACUAUGUAUUGAGGCCCUUGAUAAGAAAUAAAUAAAUAUUUUUAAUAUUUAGACAUGUGUGGGGAUGAUAAGGGGGAUGAGUUCCACAGUCAGUAGUUUAUAAAAAUGUAUUAACCACUUCAGUUUGUAUGAGUAUUAUUUGCAAAGUGAGUAGACCAAAAAAAAAUGCUUUCCAAAGUAACUUGCACGCGGACGAAGUCGCGGGUAAGAGCUAGUAAUUAUAUAAAAGUAAACUAAACAUUAUGUAUAGGAUAUACUCUAAACUGUCAAAACAAUAUAAAAAUGUAAUUAAUUUCACGAAUCAUUUCAAGGUACAAUACAGUCACUUCAAUAUAAUCACUAAUAUACAAUAUAUUUGUUCAAUUAUAAUUAUUAUGGCGCGAAUUGUACUCACGAUAUAUAUGUUAUUACUUUGAUGCCGAUAUUUCGAUCAAAUUUUAUUAGCGCAAGAGCGCAGACCAAAAUAAUGAUCUUAAAAAAUCCGCAGUAGCCGAACACUUGCUUAAAGCCGGUACCAGUACACUGAAUCGAUCUGUAUAACACACGAGUGAUUUCUACUGAACGCCAAUACAUCAGAUCAUCGUGGAUAUCUUUGGGGGAGGCCAUUGUCCAGCAGUGUACGACUUCCAGCUGAUAUGAUGAUGAUCUGUUAGUCUUUUCUCUUUAAGAUACCUACUCUUUAAAUCUCAAAUCAAUAUUACAAUUUCUGGAUGGAUCACCAGCUUCCAAUAAAACAUCACCUAAACAGGAGAGUUGAUAAAUAUAUCAAAUAUCUAUAGGGCAUGUGUUAUCAGACAGAUAGCUCAGCGGUAACAACCGUUGAGUUAAGGGCAUUGAAGACAAAAUUACCAGAGGGGAUAUAUUGAAUCACGCAUCGUCCAAAAUUUACUACUUCUAUCCCACAUUCUCUGCCCGAAUCGUCGGGAAGCCAAUACUUUGUGUACGGAUCGAUUGUUUGGCAUCGUGUAGAGACUUCGCUUCAUUAUGUUUGUAUUGUGAAGUCAUCGUGCUGUAUUACCACCCAGACACAACCGGUUACUUGAAAUCCUCUGAAGAUAGAAGCAAGAUAGUAAAGAUAGCGGUAAUUGCUUAUAAUUAGCAGCUGAACCACUCUUUAAGCCUUAAGAAACAUAACAUAACAUAACUUAAAUUAGGUUCCAGUCAGCUGGUGCAAUCACCAUGUACUUUUAUAAUGAGUAUCUGCCCCAUCGUACAGUAGUAUAUUAUUAUUUUAAGAUACUAAUCCAAAUAUUAUUUGCCAAUAACUCACUCAGUAGCCCAACCAAAGUAAUUUACGUGGCAUAAGUGAUAACAAUAACGAUAAUAUAAUUGUAUACUUUACAGUUAAACGAUUAGUAGCUGGUAAUGAACAGUACGAUGAAAUGUACACAGAACUGACCAAUCCAUGUAAUAAUAAUGGAACUAUGUUGAAGCAAUCUGUUGAUUUGAAGGAAAACAGUAAAAUUAUUCCAGUUAAAAUGUCGAAUUCAGACAAUGUUAACGGACCAACGCACAAUCAAACUAUUGCUUCCAAGAGACUUCCAACUAAUAAAAUACAUUCAGAGUCAAAUACCAGUAUUAUUGGUGAAACAACCAAACAUAACACAAUAUAUAGAGAUAAAAAGUUUCAAUCGGAUAAUAUUAGUAGAACAACGCCCAACGAAACUGAUGCUUCAAAGGAACAUAAUACAUGUGAAAUGUCUGAAUCCAGUAAUGUUAGUGCAACAACGUCCAAUCAAUGCAGUUAUUUAAAACAACUUACAGGUCAACACAACAAAAACAACAAUAAAAUAAUACAUACAAGUGGUAAAUCUUAUGCAUGCAAUGUGUGUGGUAAGAGUUUCAAUAAACCUUCUAAUUUGAAGACACAUAGUAGAAUACAUAGCGGUGAUAAACCAUAUACAUGUAAUGUCUGUGGUAAGAGUUUCAUUGUAUCAAGUAAUUUGAAGAGACAUAGUAGAAUACAUACCGGUGAUAAACCAUAUACAUGUGAUGUGUGUGGUAAGAGUUUCAUUGAAUCUGCUAAGUUGAAGAGACAUAGUAGAAUACAUACCGGUAAUAAAUCUUACCCUUGCAAUGUGUGUGGUAAGAGUUUCAAUAAGUCUAUUAAUUUGAAGACACACAGUAAAAUACAUACCGGUGAUGAACCAUAUAUAUGUAAUGUGUGUGGUAAAAGUUUCAUUAAAUCUAGUACUUUGAUGAGACAUUGUAUAAUACAUACCGGUAAUAAACCUUACCCUUGCAAUGUGUGUGGUAAGAGUUUCAAUCAGUCUUUUAAUUUGAAGACACACAGUAAAAUACAUACCGGUGAUAAACCUUACCCCUGCAAUGUGUGUGGUAAGAGUUUCAAUGUAUCUAGUACUUUGAAGACACAUAGUAGAAUACAUACCGGUGAUAAACCAUAUACAUGCAAUGUGUGUGGUAAGAGUUUCAAUCAAUCUAUUAAUUUGAAGACACAUAGUAGAAUACAUACUGGUGAUAAACCUUACUCUUGCAAUGUGUGUGGUAAGAGUUUCAACCAAUCUGCUAAUUUAAAGACACAUAGUAGAAUACAUGAUAAACCUUACAUAUGGAGUCUGAGUGGCAAGAGUUUUGGUGAAUGUGGUAAAUUGAAGGUACAUAGUAGAAUACAUACUGGUGAUAAACCUUACCCAUGCAAUGUAUGUGAUAAGAGUUUCAUUAAUACAUGUCAUUUGAAGAUACAUAGUAGAAUACAUACCGGUGAUAAACCUUACCUGUGCAACGUGUGUGGUAAAAGGUUCAAUCAAUCUACUAAUUUGAAGACACAUAGUAGAAUACAUGAUAAACCUUACAUAUGCAAUCUGUGUGGUAAGAGUUUUGCUGAAUCUGGUAAAUUGAUGGUCCAUAGUAGAAUACAUACUAGUAAUAAACCUUACCCAUGCAAUGUAUGUGAUAAGAGUUUCAUUGAAUCUAGUUCUUUGAAGAGACACAGUAGAAAACAUACCAGUGAUAAACCAUAUAAAUGUAAUGUAUGUGGUAAGAGUUUCAAUGUGUUUAACACUUUGAAGAAACAUAGUAAAAUACAUACCGGUGAUAAACCUUACCCGUGUAACGACUGUGGUAAGAGUUUCAAUCAGUUUAGUACUUUGAACACACAUAAUAGAAUACAUACCGGUGAUAAACCUUAUACAUGCGACAUUUGUGCGCAGAAAUUUAAUCAAAAACAAUAUCUUAUUAAACAUUUACAGAAACAUAUGUUGUAAUAAUAACUUCUAUAUUUCUCUUGUGUUUAUAAAAGCCUCCUAGUUAGUUUGUAAAUAUUGACCUGUUUCUAUGUAUGUCUCAACGAGUUUCGGAUUUGAAAACAUUAGAAAGAUCUUAUUAUUUUACAAACGUAAAAGGUUAGAUAUAAUUCGUUACAUUAUUUGAACUUUUUAAGGACAUUAAAAGUUUAUGAGACUUCACGAAGGAGAAAGUUUUUAAUAUUUCAAUACUACACUAAAACUCCCUUUUGUGUUUUCAGACGAUGUAUCAGAUUCUGGUAUAAUUUAUAAACUAGAUGAUAAUUGUUAUUAUGGAUAUAUAAGUAUGUAUUUCUAAGUCAAAAAUAUAGGUUCCGGAUAAGUUAUCAUCAACAUUAUAUCAUCUUAAUAUAUAUAUAAAUUAUGUGACACGUUGUUUGUCCGCGAUGGACUCCUAAACUUAGGAACGGAUUUAAAUGGGGAUUACUUCAUGGAGUGCAGUUUAGUCCAACUUGGGAGAUAGGAUAGUUUUUAUUUCGAUUAAACCAUAAUUAUUUUUAUUUUCAAUAUUUGUUUUUUAUGGACAUAUUUUCUGUGAGAGAAUUUAUCAGAAACAAUUUCAUUAUAACAACAAAGAUCAUAUGUUACGAAAUAAUUCUCGAUGUUAUGAAAAAUUAUUGAGAAAUUCAUAAAAAAACAGUAUUUUAUUUAUUAUGUACUGAACAACGUCUGUCGGGUCAGCUAGUAUACUAUAUAUUCUCCGAAACACUCUGCAUCUUAUGGUAGUUAAAUAGCUAACUUGUAGUUAGUUAGAAUCCUAAGUAUUUUUACUACCAAAUUCUUAAAUAAGGUGUUAAAUGCGUAAAAACAAACUCCAUUUGUAUUUAAGUAGGUAUGAUAUUAGUUAGGUUCUUACAUAUAAGGUACAUGUUAACUAAUUAAUCUUUUCUUUCUUUAUUGUUUUUGGCAAUUUCAAUGUCGCCCACUGAGGCCCACAUUUUUAUUUACUUUUUUUAUUAUUUGUGUUAUUUUAAUGUACCAAGAAAAAGUGAUGUGCAAGAAAUGUAUUUAUUUAGUUUUCUGUCAUAGAUUUUUGUUAACAUUCAUUUAUUAAAAUAUACAAAAAG